AUGAAUACCAUAGAUAUUAAUUUAUUAUCAAAACUGAAGUCUGCUUUUACUGAAGAAAAUUGGAAUGAAUUAUUAAAUCUUCUUAACCCAAAAAUAUUUAGAAAUUUUGAAACAGAGAAACUAAUUGCAUUUCCAGUAUUAGCAAAAGUUGCACAGAUUCUUGCAACAGAAGAUUCUGUUCCAAAUAAUAUAAGAAUCGCUUGUUUAAAAUGUAUAGGAAAUUCUUGUUUCAACAGUUAUUUACAUAAAAAAUAUGAUCCAAUUAAUAUCGAGAAGGGAAAAUACAGUUACAAAUUAUACUCUAUUUUAGGAAAUAAUGAAAAUUUAAAAGAAAUGGAUAGUUCUUAUCCAUUUGAUUCCCAUUUUCCUUAUGAGGGAGUAAUAGAAUGGACAACAAAUUUUAUUACAUCCUGUAAAUUAGAUAGUCAAUUAGAAGAUGAAAAUAUAGAAAUAUUAAGAUUAAGUAUUCAGUUUUUAUGUAACUUAUUUACAUUUGCAUAUAGAAGUAGCAAUUUCCCAGAUCAGUGUAUUGCACCAGCAUAUUUAUAUGAUGUUAAUUUAAAAAAUGCAAUAAUAAGUAUUAUGCAUUCUGAACAUAUUCCACUUGUUAGAGCCUCAUGUGCAUUUAUACACAAUGCUUUAAAGGAAUUUAAAGGAGAAUCCUUUUUAGAAGAAGAGAAAAGAUAUCUAUGUUUACAGUUAUUAAAACCAAUUAAAGAAGGUUUUCAAAGUGCAAAGGAAGCUCUGAUGCUUUUAUUGUCUGAAAAAAAUAUAGUAAAAAAUAUAUAUGAGGAUAUGACUACCGAAAAUAAAUUGUGUUUCUUAGAAAUAAUUUAUAGUGAACUCUCAGACCCAAUAUAUAAGUUUAAAGAGGAAUAUAUGCUUACAAAGGAUGCAAUUGAAUUUUUAAUUGAAAGAUUUUGUAGAAAAAGUGAUCUAAUUUUAAAAACAAUGGACACAUACUUAGAUAAAUUAGAGCCUACAGAAAUUGUUAUACUUCUUGACAUUCUUGGAACUUUAACUUCAAGAUCUUGUGAAGAGUAUAGUUUCUUAAAGGAUUAUAAAAGUCUACUUCUUAACUGUACUUAUUUAUUGAAAUCUAUUCAAAUGAUUGGAAAACAAUCGAACAAUUAUUUUACUCCAUUACAAAAAUUGAGUGAAAUAGCUAUAACAAUGCAAGGAAUAACAGACAAGGAUGAUAUACAAGGUCAUCCUGCAUUUGGUGUUAAAGCUAGUUUAAUUAGAAUUAUUGGAAAUAUGUCAUACAAAAAUAAAGAAUAUCAAGAUCUUCUUCGUGAAUUGGACGUCAUACCUCUGCUUCUGGACUGCUGCAAUAUAGACGCGAGGAAUCUGCUUAUAAUGCAAUGGACGAUCCUCGCGCUGCGGAAUUUAUGCGAGGAUAAUCCGGCGAAUCAAGAGAUCAUUCGGAAUUGCAGCAGAGUCGGUGUCGUGGAGAGCAGCGUGCUGCAGGAAAUGGGUAUCAGUCUGCACGAGGACGAGCAAGGAAAGAAGAUUGGAAUCGUGCCCUUGCCGCGUGAACGAAAAUAG